CGAUGUUGUUGUGUUGGAAUUCGUCUGCUUUUUUCGUUACUCUUGACAACCUGUGACGUAAGCGUUCUUUCGUGGCAUUUCUCAUUAAAUCGAAAACAUAUCACAGCCUAUAUUUAUAUUGCGGUUCGAAGAAAAGAUCUCUAGAAAUGGUAUGAAGUGGCCAUUCCUCUCCUCUCACCAGCGUAAGAAGGCUCACUUCUCCUUCUCACAGCAAGCACCGUCGGGUCUUACAGGCAGAUUCUUCACCAUGGUGUUCACUCGAGGAAUAGGGGUGAAACGUUUGAUAGCCUAUGGAGUACCUUUUCUCAUCCUAAUCAUGGUGUACCAGAUAUGGAAGAGACCGUGCAACUCAACUCCAUUUGGGGGCCAGCCUCUGUUACAGCAUAUCGUUGUGGACGCCGACAAGCGGACGUACAGUUACGACCGAAUGGAACCCAUGAUCUUCAUCGGAGGAAUGCCCCGGUCAGGAACCACUUUGGCUCGAGUUUUGUUGGACGCCCAUCCGGACAUCCGCUGUGGAGAAGAGACACGUGUCUUACCCCGCCUUCUGCAAAUGCGCGCACAGUGGGUCAAGUCCCAGAAAGAAAAAAUGCGGCUGGAAGAAGCCGGCGUCACCGCCGAGGUGCUUAACUCAGCCAUAGCUGCGUUCAUAGUCGAAAUUGUGGCUAAACACGGCGAGCCGGCCAAGAGAUUGUGCAAUAAGGACCCAUUUACAAUGAAAUCAGCCGUUUACCUGUCUGAACUUUUCCCUCGCGCCAAGUUUCUACUCAUGGUCCGAGAUGGACGGGCGACCGUGCACUCGAUCAUCACUCGGAAAGUGACAAUCACUGGGUUUGACUUGACCAGUUACCGCGAUUGCUUGACGAAAUGGAACAAAGCUGUCACCAUUAUGCACAACGAGUGUCAAAGCGUGGGUCCUUCACGGUGCCUGAUGGUUCAUUAUGAACAACUUGUCCUUCAUCCUCAAGUGUGGAUGGAGAAAAUCCUUCAAUUUCUAGACGUUCCAUGGGAUGACGUAGUCUUGCAUCACGAACAACUCAUCAAUCGACCUGGUGGAAUUUCACUCUCCAAGGUUGAAAGAUCGUCGGAUCAGGUUGUGAAACCAAUUAAUUUGGAAGCACUCAGCAAAUGGGUGGGUCAAAUACCUGAAGAUGUUAUCCGAGACAUGCCCCAUAUCGCCCCGAUGCUGUCAACGUUCGGCUACGAUCCUCGAGCUAAUCCACCCAAUUACGGCGAUGCAGAUCAGUGGGUAGCCAACAACACGCUCAAAGUAGCCCAGCAAGAACGACACUGGGUGAACAAGACACAAGAGCUUCUCAAAGCCAAAAAGCAGCAACAACCCCGCGAUGAAUUUGAAGACAAAUUCACCGAUUAAAAAUUCUUUUAGCUACUCACUCUCUCUCACUCUUCUUGCUCUCUCUCUCUCUUUAAACUCUUAUUUACUCAAAACGAGUCAAGUGAUGUUUGCAUCGCUUUGCCAAUGAUGACUACUCUUGUCACACUCCCCUCAAGCCGUACUUGUCACACAUUUUAUACAAUGAUUUAAGUGCGCUUUGUAUGCUUCAAAAUAUUUGUUGUUGAAAAACGAAGGCCGUCAAUGUUUUAUAAUCAUCUCAGUUUUGUUUUCUUUUACCUCGUUCCAUGAAUGAGCCAGUUGCAGGUCUGUUUAAAAUUUUUUUUUUCCUUCUGUUAUAUUCCUAUCUUGCCCAAGGGCUGAUGAAUUUUUUCUUGAGUGUUUUGUUCGUCGAUCCUGAUUUCCAUUUCCUGAAAUUGUAAAUGCGUUUUCAAAAAACAAACGGAGAAAAAAUUUCAGUUGAUCGAUGACACAAUGACCAAAUAUGGGAAAAACACAAAGUCACGUGAAGGAUUGUGUUGUGACCGUCAGUCGUGUCUCAUUUCUUUUUUAAAUAGCUUUAAAAAUGUCCUUUUUUUUACAGAUUUUUUUGUAUCUUCAAAGAGUAACUAAAUAUACAUAUCCAAAGUGGUGUAACAGAAAUAA